AUGGAGGCACUGAUCAUCAAGAUCUUCAAGCAGAAGCUGGGGGAGUUUGCGAAGGUGGACCCAGACAACGUCAAGGCCGACCUGAGCAGUGGCGAGGUGAGCCUGCGGAAGGCGCAGCUGCGGGCGGAGGUGUUCGAUCAGAUCCACCUGCCGAUCACCCUGCGAGGAGGCUACAUCGACGAGAUGUCCUUUAGGUUUGACGUCGGCAUGUUCAGCUCGGGGGCCGCCAAGGUCGUGGUGAAGAAUUGCUUCCUCGUGCUCGGUCCGCAGUCGUGCGAUUGGAGCUGGGAUUCGGUCUUCCAGUUCAAGAGCAAGCUCGUCGAUCUCCUCAUGAAGGUCUACACGCUGAAGCCUCUCAAAAAGAAGAAGCGGGUAACGGGAGGAUGGUUCAAGGACAUGCAGCAGGCCAUGGCCGUGAACUUUGCACAGAAAUUCCUCGGCCUGCUGGAGGUUCAGAUCUCCAACAUACACUUCAGAUACGAGGACGCGGAGACGCAGAAGGUGCCCUUCGCCUGCGGCUUCAAGAUAGGCAACGUGCAGGUGGCCUCGGACGCCCGGCAGAAGGACCACCAACGCUCCACGGGCCAGUGGAGCGGAUCCAGCGCCGAGCUGCAGGCCAAAGUGGAGCAGGACCUCGUGUUCUUCUGCCAGCGGAUCGCCACGCGACGAAUAUCGGCUUACUGGGACAUCGGCAGACCCAUUCGAAUACAGGGCCCCACCGAAGGUGAGGAGGUGAAGAAUAUGUUCUGCCAGCUCAACCGGAGAGAGAUAUUCUCUACGUGCGUCGUCGAGAAGAUUCUUUCUUCUUCAUCUGCGCGCAUUGCCGAGAAGAGAAAGAGCCUGGACGGUCCGGUUUUCAGAGAGCGCCUGGAUUUCCACCAGUACUUGGUGUUCCCUUCUGGGCUCGACGCGCACGUCACAGUCAACAAGACCUGCGACACUACCCGCAAGCAGCUGGCCCCCCUGAAGGAUGCGAACGUCAUCGUGGAGCCCCUCGAGGUCGCCGUCGACUCCGAGCAGCUGCGCAGCAUGAACGAGCUCCUGACCUCGGUGCGAAGAUUCUCCACCAAAGACGUGAGAUUCCGGACACGCCCGCAGGAGCCGAUCAGCAAUACCUGGCCCAGGACCUGCCGCUGGCGCCGGAACUGA